UUCGGUUCGAUUUUGUUCGCUGCUGCUCUGUGGUGCUUCUUUUGAAGGGGGGUCUUUUUGAGUAAUACGGUCUAUAUAUAUUAUUGUGUUAAAUCACGGGUACAAGGGAGAGUGCAAAGUAACCUCGCCUCUUAUAAUUUGAACGAAGAGUAAAGGACAGUGCAGCUGGUCGUCCUAUCGAUCCCCCCCACCACAUCUACUAUUAGCGUCGUUUUUCUUCUCCAAAUUCAUUCUCUGCCGAUCUCAAAUAUGGUUGAAGAAGGAAGAGUGCACCCAGAUUGCAGAAAUGCAGACAACCCAUACCACAUAUGUAGUGAAUACUGUUUCACAGUUAUUGCUGAAGCCAAGAAACAUACUAGUAAAGCUGAUCUUGCAAUGCAACCUAAAGAUGGAAAUCAGUCGGCUUCUGCUGCCAAUCCAAAUCAGGGUGAGGAUCUAUUGGAUGAAAGGCAGGCUAGUGAAGAAAAGACAGAUGCUAGUGAUAGUCAAGAUGUUGAACACAAUGUGGAUGUAGACUUUACCCAGCUUAAAGGCACAAAGAGAAAGUAUUUCGAACUAAAACUGAAAAUGAAUCAAGCAAGAAAAGCCAAUCAAACUGACAUGAUGGCUGAGAAGAAAAGAAUGGAAGCUCCCCAAGAAUCUAGAGGCAUUUCGAAACAAAAAUGGAAUGAAGAGAGGAAGAAAAAAAUUGGCAAACUUCUUGAUGCCAAUGGUUUAGAUAUGAGUAAAGCUUAUAUGCUGGAUACUGAACAGAUGGCAGAGAUGAAGUAUAAGAAAUGGGAAAAGGAGCAUGCUCCUUCUGGUUGGGAUGUUUUUAACCAGAAAACAUUGUUUAAUGCGUACAAGAAGAGGACAAAGAAUAUAGAUGUUGAUCUCGUAGAGUACAAUAAAAUGAAAGAAGCUGAUCCUGAAUUCUAUCGAGAUGCUUCGAGUCUACAAUACGGAAAGGCACCAAAGAUCUCAGAGGAUAAGAUUGACAAGAUGGUGAAGGAGCUCAAGGACAGGGAUGAGAAAAGAAAUACAUUUAGCAGGAGGAGGAAGUUCCACGAAGAGAAGGACAUUGACUCGAUCAAUGACCGGAAUGAGCACUUUAAUAAGAAGAUCGAGCGAGCCUUUGGCAGAUACACACUAGAGAUCAAGAACAAUCUUGAGAGAGGAACUGCUUUACCUGAUUGAGAGGUGUUCUGCAAUUAUGAUCCACUAAAUGCCUCUGUUAAGUGUGCUUUAAGCUGAAUUCUACUUAAAUGCUUGUAUGUUAAGCAAUUGUUCAGUUUACUGCAAUUCAGAAAUUUUAUCAUGAAGCUGAAGUAUUUUGAUAAUACUUAAAUGUAUUUUCCGACUCGAUGUGUAAUUUUAUGAUGUUUAAGAUUGAA